AUGUUCAUCAAUGCCAUACAAAGGAGUACGGUAUUGGAAGUGUUAGGAUGGGGAGACGAGUUGGAUAAACACGUGGCUGUUAAGACCAUUUGGGAGCAUGGUUUGACGAAUGAAUGUGGAGAUAUUGGGCAAGUGCGAACUGAUGUUCCAUCUAUGGUUACAAAUAUGGGGACUGUUAGAGACUCAGUGAAAAAUUUGAAGAUGAGAUUGAAACUUCCAUUUUCAGAAGACCGAAUAAUUGUGCAAGAAGCUUCUUCUUCUUUUCCAUCAACAACUUCAAUCGACAUCUUUAUCUUGCGUCUCCCUCCUCAUCCAUUCGGCGUCGCCGGCCCCUGCAGUUCCCCUGAUUAG